AUGAGUGGCGGGGAUGAUAUCGUGGAGAUGGCUGUAAGCAGCCUAGGCAAAGGGUUUGAUUUAACCUCAGAUUUCCGGCUCAAGUACUGCAAAGGCAAACAAAGACUGGUUUUGCUCAACGACGCUGAUAAAAAAGAACUCGCAGUCCCUGGCUUCGGGUCCAUUCAACAAGUCUCCACCGAUAUUAAAUGUGACAAAGGCGACCGUACACGUUACCAAUCCGAUGUCCUCACAUUCAAUCAGAUGUCGCAAUAUUUCAACCAAAAGGCGAGUGUGCCUUGGAAAAUCCCAUCAGGGUUGUUCAAUGCCAUGUUUGGUUUCGAAAGUGGUUCGUGGGCAGCGGAUGCAGCCAACAUCAAACGCUUGGCUCUGGAUGGUUACUUCAUCAUCUUCUUCAAUGUUCAUAUCGAUAGGUACCCUCUUGUUCUUGCCGAUCAAGUUCGUCAUUCUGUUCCGUCCACUUGGGAUCCCCCUGCCCUUGCAAGGUUCAUAGAGAAGUAUGGGACUCACAUCGUGGUGGGAUUGAGUAUUGGGGGCGAGGAUGUGGUGUUAGUAAAGCAAGAUAAAUCUUCUAACAUGGAGCCAUCUGACCUCAAAAAUCACUUGAACGAGCUUGGAGAUCAGCACUUUACAGGGACAUGCAAUUUCUCCCCAUUACACUCCAAAGCAAAAGACCAAAGACACAAGGCACCACUGCCCUUCAAUGUCUUUGAUUAUGAUCCCAAGUCUGUGGCCCUUAAUGGUUUCUCCACCGUAAACACAAAAGAUGGUAUUAGCGUGAUAGGCUAUAAAAGAGGAGGAGAUCCCUUGGCCAGUAGCCACUGCGAGUGGCUUCAAACCGUUGGAUCGAUGCCGGAUGCGAUUCAAUUUAGCUUCAUUCCCAUCACGUCUCUACUUAAACAUGUGCCCGGCAAAGGUUUCUUAUCCCAUGCCAUCAACCUCUAUCUUAGAUACAAGCCUCCUAUAGCUGAUUUGGAAUACUUUCUUGACUUUCAAGCCCACAAACUUUGGGCUCCUGUUCUCAAUGACUUGGCUCUAGGUCCUGCCACAAAUAGGGCCACGCAGGCGCCUGCUCUUCACUUCAGCUUGAUGGGUCCAAAACUAUAUGUAAACACUGCACAGGUUAGAGUUGGAAAUAGGCCUGUCACAGGAAUGCGCUUGUAUCUCGAGGGCAGGAAAUGCAACAGGCUAGCUGUGCACCUACAACAUCUAUCAAACACUCCAUUUAUGUUGCAGCAGAACAAGAUAGAUCCUGAGCCACCAACAUGGCGAGGAUCAGAUGACAUCGGGGACGACCGCUACUUCGAAGCAAUAAACUGGAAAAGAUUUUCCCAUGUCUGCACGGUGCCAGUAAAAUACGACCCCAAAUGGACGUCCUCCAACAAAACUGCGGCCUUCGUAGUCUCCGGAGCUCAACUUGUCGUGAAGCAACAUGAGACAAAGAGUGUUCUCCAUCUCCGGCUUUUGUUCACCAAAGUCUCAGAUUGUUUUCUCGUCCAAUCAAACUGGACAGAGAGCCCUUCUCAACUUUCUCAAAAGUCAACCUCGUCUGGCCUCUUCAGUGCAAUAAGCACAUCAAUUUCGGGCAAUAAUUGGGUGAGGGAGAAAGUGCAGCCUGAUGACGAUCAAGUGAUUGUGGACUCAAGUGUGUUUCCUACGGGGCCUCCGGUGCCACUGCAGUUACAGAAGUUUGUGAAAUACGUGGACAUGUCAAAUCUGUGUAGGGGCCCACAGGAUAGUCCUGGGUAUUGGUUGGUCACUGGAGCGAAGUUGAACUUGGUGAAGGGCAAGAUUAGUUUGCAAGUCAAGUUUUCUUUACUCAACAUGUCUUCUCCAGCAACUUCUCCUACUCUUCGAGACCUCAUGUACAAUAUUAAUGUCGGGGAAGCCUAA